ACCAGCCUGACAGACGCACCGCACACAGGGGAGCCUAUAUAAGCUGUGCAGCUGUCAGGUGGAGGACACUGGCUGCUCUGCGCUGGGGGACGACUGGCUUCAGGGGAUUACAGCUCCAAAUACUCAGAUCUAAACUGUAGCAAUGUCUCACGCCUGGGGAUACGCGGCAAACAACGGACCCGACAAAUGGUGCGAUAACUUCCCCAUUGCCAAUGGACCCCGUCAGUCUCCCAUUGACAUCCUACCUGGCGCAGCAUCAUACGACUCUGGGCUGAAGCCGCUCAACCUGAAGUACGACCCCGCCACCUGCCUGGACAUCCUCAACAACGGACAUUCCUUCCAAGUGUCCUUCUCAGACGACAACGACAGCUCAAGUCUGAAAGAUGGGCCGAUCUCUGGGACCUACAGGCUCAAGCAGUUUCAUUUCCACUGGGGAGCUUCUGACGACAAGGGCUCCGAGCACACUGUGGCCGGGACCAAGUAUCCUGCUGAGCUCCAUCUUGUGCACUGGAACACCAAAUAUGCAAGCUUCGGAGAAGCUGCCAGCCAGCCCGAUGGGCUCGCUGUGGUUGGAGUCUUCCUGAAGAUUGGCGACACAAAUGCAAACCUCCAGAAGGUUCUUGACAUGUUUGGUGCCAUCAAGUGCAAAGGCAAGCAGACCACCUUCCCUAACUUCGACCCUGCGACUUUGCUCCCCGGUUGCCUUGACUACUGGACAUACGACGGCUCCCUGACCACGCCCCCUCUGCUGGAGAGUGUCACCUGGAUUGUGUGCAAGGAGCCAAUCAGCGUGAGCAGCGAGCAGAUGGGCAAAUUCCGCAGCCUGCUCUUCUCCGCAGAGGGCGAGUCCGAAUGCUGCAUGAUGGACAACUACCGCCCGCCCCAGCCGCUCAAGGGCCGCGCCGUCCGCGCUUCCUUCCAGUAGUAACCCUCCCCCCGGUUUGCCCUUUCUGCCCUGUUGCCCUCUCUCCCUCCCUUCCCCCGUCCUCUAGCGAAACACCCAGAAUUACCUCUCUUGCAGUGAGUUGCUAAGCACACAUAUCUCUCUCCGUCCAGUUUUAAAAAGAAGAGGAAGAAGAAGAAAUUCCUGUGACUCAUUGCAGCCAUGAGAUGGAGCAUGAAUUUGCACCCUUUUCUAUGUGUAACAUGCCAGCAAAGAAAACCAGUCAUAAUUUAUUUUAUAGGAUUCACACUUCAUGGUGGCAGUGAAACGUUUACCAGUAUUCCAGUGUCGUCGUUUUUAAAGAUUUUGCGUCGGUGUGCGCGGCCGUCCAACCAACACCUCCAGGAGGAAAAACCAGGAUGAAUUACAGUCAGAAUGGUGCUCUGGUGCAAGGCAGGAGGCGGCACAGAGCCCCGGCUCGCUGCGGCAGGCAGGGGGAGGUGAAAAAAUAUCACCAUCUGUGAGUAGGGUAAGGUGCAAAUAAGAGGCACACUCACACACACAAACACACACACACACACACACACACACACACACACACACACACACACACACACACACACACAGGCCUCUCCCACUGCCAGUCUGUCUGUAAUCUCUGACUGACUGCCAGCCUCUGCAUCGCAGCAGCUUAAUGAAACGCCGCAGCCGCCUCCAUCACAACCGAUUGACUCAGAAAAUCCCCCUCUGGCACACACACACAGACAGACACACACACACAGACACACACACACACACACAGACACACGCACACGACAUUGCACGCUCAGUCUCAUGCAGACGUGAUGCCUAUAGGCACUGACCUGCUUAUUGAUCGAGUUGUACAACAGUGUAGAUCAACAAAGGGUGCGCGCACACACUGCUGUUACUGCGAGCUCCUGCUCACCAUGAAUGUGACUUUUUUUUUCUGUUUUUGCAGCUCGUUGUCAACAUUUUCAUGUUUCCCAAAUUGUGUUUUUAUUAUUAUUUCGAACUGAGUCUGUUUUUAGCUUAUGCAAACUAAGUUGUGAUUCCUUCCUGUUUUACAACCAAAAGCUCUUACUUCUCCCAAUGCCCCGAUGAAUUGAAUUGUAAUGUAUGAAAAGAAGUUUUUACCAAUCAAUAUGUCUAGUGCUAAAGCUUCAAACGCACACUCGUGUUGUACGUGAUGCCAUAGCGGCUGACACGCAAAGCCAAGGAAGAAAUUAACUCGCCAAAAAAGCCAAAGGAGGUGAAAGAACCUGCCAGCGGA